AUUUUAAUAAAGAAGUGAAAAUAUGCUGAUUGGCUUCAAAUGAAAUCUGUCGGUUCUUCUCCACCAUUGAUUGAACGAAUUCUGAUAUUUUGUGUAAAUAUUUACAUGGAUGAUUGCAGCAGUUCCGGAUCUAACAGCAAUUGGAAUCCAAUGCUAGAAUUGGAAAUUUUGGGAUUCUAGGUCCUGCAAGAAAUGAUCUGGACCAAGCAGGGCCAAUUGUCUGUGACAUACACACAUCACCACCCAGAAACUCCCAUUGAAAGAACAAACAAAAAAGAGAAGAUUUGCUUCUAGCUCACCUAUCUGACGCCCCCCCAAGGACUCAGGGGUAUUAGAAUCUGGUCAAGAGAAUCAAACAAACUACCAGAAAAGAUUCUCACACUUGUUCGAUGAAUACUAUAACGUGAAUGACCAACUGUGUCUUCCUUAUUUUCCUCAGGAAAACGUCUAAUAUUGAUCAAGCCUCUAAUAGUUUGUUGUGGCUUGAUAAUUGGUAUAUGGUAAUAUGGAUGAUUCUCCAAAAAUGUUGUGUGGGUGGAGCUGGGAAGAGAAUAAGCAGUUUGAGCUGGCUUUGGCAGUAGUUGAUGAAGAAAACCCUGAUCGAUGGCAAGUGGUUGCAUCCAUUCUUGGAGGGAAGAAGAGUGCAGAGGAUGUGCAAAAACAUUAUAAGAUUCUUUUGGAGGACUUGCAGUGUAUAGAGUCAGGUGAAUUGGAUCAUACGCUUGUUGGAGAAGCUCAGGCUUGUGUUCAAGUUGAACGUACUGAAUCUAUAUGUUGGACAGAAGAAGAUCAAAAAUUGCUGGUGCAAUUGGACAUUAAUUAAAUGGUAGGGCUAAAGUGCAAUUCAUCAAAGCAGAGACAUCCCUGUACAAGCUUUCCCUGGGAAGAAUGUGAUUGUGAGGUAGGCAAAUAGUAGGAGUUCUUUUUUUUUAAGUUAAUAUUUCAUAAGCUCUAUUCUGUAAUAGCAGCAGCAGUUGUCAGCAUAUGCCAACUCAAUCUGUAUGUAACAGAUGUAUUUGGAAAAUUUAACUAUAAUUUUAUUAUUUUAAAAUUUCUGAAUUAUGC